UCGGUCGACGUCGGCCGGUCGCUCAUGGCGCUGGGAGGUUUGUUCAGCACGGCGGCGGUGGCGGUGGUCGUGUCUCUGGCGGUCCACGUCGCGCUCAACAGCCCCAUCGAUCCGAUGCCGUCGCCGCCGCCGCCCGCCGCGCGCUACACGCCCAAUAACCUCCUGCAGGGGCUGGAGAAGCUUGGAGAAGGGCUGCUGAGGGAGCCGGAGGACGUGUACGUGGACGCGGCGCAUGGAGGGACGGUGUACACGGCGACGAGGGACGGGUGGCUGCAGAGGAUGCGCCCCAACGGGUCGUGGGAGCAGUGGCGGUUCGUCGGCGGCACGGGCCUCCUCGGGAUCGCGCCCUCCGCCGACGGCAGCAUGCUCGUCUGCGACGCCGACAAGGGUUUACUGAAAGUUGAGGAGGGUCGCGUGACCAUUCUUGCCUCGACGGUGGAAGGAUCCACGAUCAGGUUCGCCGACGCCGCCAUCGAGGCGUCCGACGGCACGGUCUACUUCAGCGACGCCAGCACCAGGUUCCCCUUCGACCGGUGGUUCCUCGGCUACCUCGAGGCCCGCCGCACCGGCCGCCUCCUCAAGUACGACCCGCGCACCGGCGAGACGUCCGUCGCGCUCGACAACCUCGCCUUCGCCAACGGCGUGGCCCUGCCACGGGACGAGACCUUCGUCAUCGUCUGCGAGUCAGGGGGGUACAGAUGCCUGAAGCUGUGGCUGAAAGGGGACAAGACUGGCCAGACAGAGACCUUCGUCGACCUUCCGGGGUCUCCGGAUAACAUCCGUCGAGCACCAGACGGCUCCUUUUGGAUCGCCCUUAUCCAGCUGAGGUCGCCAUGGCUAGACCUGGUCAGCCGCUGGACCUUCACAAAGAGGGUCGUCGCGGCGUUCCCGGCACUCCUCGACAGGAUAAAGGCGACCGCAGAAGGGGCAAUGGUGGCUCAUGUGUCGGAGGACGGCGAGAUCAUCCGUGUGCUCGACGACUCUGAAGGGAAGGUGAUCAACUUCAUCACUUCGGUGACGGAGUUCGACGGAGACCUCUACCUCGGCAGCCUCGCGACCAACUUUGUAGGCAGGCUGUCUCUGGCGAAGCUGCCACGGGUGCAGGAAGCAGUUUCCUCGUAGACAUUUACAGCCAGCAUGAAUAACCAUCGGAGCAAUAAAGGUCAGAGCCAUCUCACCGGUUAAAGCUUCAGCACUGUCAACUUACUAUCAUGCACGGCUCUGCCGGAAGCAGUCAGAUGUAUCACUUACGGUUUCAGAACUCAGUGAGAUGUAACGGAAUAAAUGGCCUAUGGAUGAGCAGGCUC